AUGCAUACCUCCAUUGCGAGCCUACUCACUCUUUUGAUUCCCGCUACUCUCGCGAUCCCUAGAAUUAGCCCUGAUAACUCGGGCUUGGAUGCCUCAGUGAUUCCUUCAGAGGUCCUCUACUACUACCGAUACCACCACAUCCCCCUGGAUGUCUACAUGCAUGGACUCACAAACAAUAUGCUCCUCGACGAAGACCAGGACGCAGAAACCAAGGCUAUAAACGAGAUGGCAUGCGGUCCCGAAAAACUCAGAACCUGCCCAUCUCUACAGUGGUACUGCAACGCAGACAUGGGCAAGUGCAGUAUCAAAAAGCUCAUCGGAGAGAGGUGCGACUCCGACAUUUCCUGCUUCUCCGGCAAUUGUCAAUCCAAAUGCAUCAAGUCCGACGGUCAAUUCGGUGCUACAUGUAUAGACGAUUCUCAUUGCAACCCGGGACUGGUCUGUCGGUAUGGCUUGUACAAUCGUGAUCAUAGACAGUGCCUCGACACGAUGAAUAGCUUUUAUGGUGUCUCGUGCACUGACAACAAUGACUGCGAGAGUCCACUGGUCUGCAAUGAGGCCACCAUAGGAGGGGCCAAGAACAUCUGCAGACUGCCGGAAGAUCUCACUGGCGUUGCAUGCGUCAAUAAUGGCGACCUCUGUGGAGCGGACAGCCAGUGCUGCUCUAAUAAGUGCCGAGUUACGGCCACCAGCCGUAUGCCACGAUGUAUGGCAUAG